UUUCUCUGUUGUGAUCAAUAGGCUGAAGAAGGAGGAAAUCUGUGAAACUGUACAGUCGUUUAUAAAGGAAAUGAAACCUUGUAGCUUUUAUUCUACAUAUCUCUGUAAUUUAUAAAAAUGUGAGAAUGAAGGUAAACAUUUGCCAGCAGAAGCUUUAGUUUCUUCUUUAUCAGUCAGGAACUGUAAUUCCACCUGUGGAGCUCUGCUCAGCUAAGCUUGUAGUUUCCUUUUUAAAUAAUUCCAGUGUGACGUUCCAGAGUCAGACUUCACAGACCAGGAACAGUGGGCUAACCAAAGAAGGGACACUUUUAAAAUUCUGAACAAAUCCGCAGUCAGAGACCGACUGGCUCCCUGACCUUCAAAAACCGAGUCGUAUCUUUCUUGUUUUCCGCUGCCCGUCAUUUGCACAAGCGCCUUUUCCGUUCCGGUGACCUCCCAGGUCCCUGCGCGUUCCGGACCGGGCACCUCUCCUCAAUCCCGCCUCGGAACCUCGCCACCUUCCUCACCAGCGACGUCAGCACCACGCGCAUCUCCGGACACAUCCCCCGGCCAGGGGCCUCCCAAAACCCGGGAUCCCAAGCCUGAUUGGCGGAUCCGCCCCCCGCCCGCGGCGGCACGGAGCGCCCGGGGCUGCCAUGGGCGAGGAGGCGGCUCAGCCGCGGCGGCCCGGGGUCGGCGUGGGGGUGGUGGUCACCAGCGCCGCGCACCCCAACUGCGUCCUCCUGGGCAAGCGGAAAGGCGCGCUGGGCGCCGGCACCUACCAGCUCCCCGGAGGCCACCUGGAGUUCGGGGAGAGCCUGGCGGAGUGCGCGGCGCGGGAGACGCUGGAGGAGGCGGCGCUGCGGCUGCGCCACGUGCGGUUCGCGUCGGCCGUGAACGCGGUGUACGCGUCCCAGCGCUACCACUAUGUCACCGUGCUCAUGAAGGGAGAGGCCGAGCCGGGCGCCGAGCCGCGCAACCAGGAGCCCGACAAGAACGAGGGCUGGGAAUGGGUCAAAUGGGAUGAAUUUCCUCCAGCAGAUCAACUGUUCUGGGCCCUACGCUGUUUAAGAGAGCAAGGCUACAAUCCCUUUACAGAAGAGCUCGAUCAUCUAAAGGGGUACACGGGAAGUCACCAAUUAGAGUAAAAAAAAAUUGUAUGUUAUGUAACAAACUAAAGGACAGACCUGCUUUUUUGGUGUAGAAGAAAAAAAUAUAUAAAGUGAAAAUAUCUUUCCCAAAGAAGAACAUGCUAACUUUCCCAUAUUACACACAACAGUUGUCUCUCAUUCCAGACCCAUUUCUAGUUUAGUAGUUAACAAUUAACGUUUGCUUUUACAGAAAACUCAGUGUUUUAUCUGGUUAAUCUUUGUAUUGAUGAACAGCCAUUUGGAAGUCAGCACUAGCCAGGGAAGCUUACUCACUUAAUAGCAGUUGCAGCAAAACUUACUCAUUUAAAUCUGCUUUCCUGUAAUUAAUUAUUGGACCAAUUUUAAGUGUUAGUCUUGUCUCUUAGCUUUAGUUACGAAGCAACUGUCAUGAACAAAAGUUACAUUUAAUAGACAAUGCCUGUUUUUCCUGCAGACAGCAGUAUACACUUGAAAAUCAAAACAAUAUUGUAAAUGUGAAAAGAUUGUCAUGACUUACUGCAGGGAAUGAAAAUUCCCUGACCCUUCUUGUCAGUUGCUUUCAUAACAGAGUUCUGUUUACAGCCUCAGUUACAUUGAAUUUUAUCUGCAGAAAUGUCUCAGAUCUCUGCAGUUGAUCUGAAUUGGUUACUGAACUCUUGGAAUGGAGAGGUGCCUACUCUACUAGGCUGACAUGGAUCUCAUUUAUAGGUGUAGUUCCAUGGCAAAAAUCACACUUUGUGGCUAAAAAGAGUUGUCAGUAUUAAACAGCACAGAUGUAAUUCUGUAUCGCUGGCUACUGAGAUUCGGUAAAAUUUUGAAUUCUCAAUUUCACUGAUUAAAUGACUGAGUUGUUAAUGAAAUUACAGUACUCAACAGUACAUACAAAACCAAGGAGUUCAUAUUUUUAAUUUUUCCAGAAUCUGUAACCAAUUUUGAUUCUUUACCAGCUGUGGUCACUAAGAUAUCAGCAAUUAUUUUAGGAUAUAACUUUACAAGAAAUCACCAAUUGGCUAAUUUUUUUCUUGUCAGGGUUCUUUUGUAGCCCAUCUCUUGUCUCUUUCCUUUACAUAUACUCACUGUACAAAAAUGUUGUAAAAUAUCUUUAAUUUCUUUUGAGUAAAACACAGGCACAAUACUGAGAGAUUAAAAUCACUUGAAAUUA